CCUACCUUAUCGUCGCCACCGGCGUCUCACCCCGCGCCCCCCGCCCCCCGCCCCACCCCCGCAGCCACAAGGCCGCAACCCCGCCUCCUUUCAAGCGUCGGCGUCGCCGUUCCCGUUCUUCCUCAUCGCGUCCCUGCUGUGUGAACCCCAUCCGCAAUUUAGCCAUUGGUGUGUAAGAUUUGGUCUAAGAUUCUUCUUUGCACACGAUGUUGCCUUGUCAAGGAGUAGCUACUGCAACUGCAAAUGCUCAGCUAUUUGGUUUCCCUGCCGCGAACCGCUAUGGUUAUCAUGCAAGAUCAUCGGUUUAUGCUAAACCAGCGUUUCUGAAACUGCCGGCACCUGCACUUCGAUAUGACAAGAAAAUCCUCCCCUUGACAGCUUCUGUGGAUUUUUCCUCUUGUGCGGUAUCUCCGUGCUUCCCAAAGUAUGAUUCUACAAAGGGCAACAAUCCUGUCAAGCCAUUGCUAUCAAUCCGCAGCUUCCGCCCAAGAACUGAAGUCAGUUGUCAAGCAUCUUUAGCAUCGUUCAGUUACCCUGAGUUAUCUUCUAAACCUAAAUGGUGGUGGAGGACCUUGGCAUGUGUACCCUAUCUUCUGCCACUGCACAACAUGUGGUCGCACGCAGAUGCUGUGUACCAGCUUCAUCCAUACUUGCAACAAUUUGGGCUGUUUUAUGCCUUCAUUGAUACAAUGGCAUUGGUCCCUGGAUGGCUUUUUCUGGUGAUCUUCAUGACUGUCUACUUCUUCGUGGUGAGACGGAAGUGGUCCCCACACUUUUUGCGGUAUCACAUCAUAUUGGCCAUUCUUCUUGACACUGGAUCUCAAGCUUUGGCAACCAUGUGCAACUGGAACCCAAGCAUUGUUUUUCAGGGUAAACCAAUGGCAUAUUUCUGGAUGACACUGGCCUUCAUUCAGAUCUUCACAGUUAUUGAGUGUAUGAGGUGUGCGCUUGCAGGCGUAUAUCCUAAUGUUCCAUUUAUAUCCCACACGGCGUUCAUCCAUUCUGAUCUGAACCUGUUCAGAUAAUUGGCUAUUGCAAUGUGCUUUUUAAAAUGUUAGAGGGAUCAAGGAACUGUGUGUGUAGGCAAUCAUGUGUGUGUUCAUUGAACCUGCCUAAGGCAUUAAAAUGGUUGGAGAAUGCAUUCUGGGAUGUAAUAGGGCAUGUAAGGAGAUGCAAUCAUGGAUAACCGUAGUAGCUUGUGUGCACUCUGCAGUGCUGGUAUUGUUAUAGCUACAUGUUUUUAUGUAAUGAAGCUCCAAGGGGAACGUGACAUAAAUUUUGUUUGGCCGAGUUUCCAAAACGGCAAGGAAAUUCUGAUCAUCUUAUUGUAUUUUGUUUCAA